CGUUGCCUCUGCAAGGAGCUCCAGAGUUUCACCGCUGUGUCCCUCGUACAGUAAACUGAGUCUGGCAUCUUGCAGCAGCAGCAGCAGCAACAGCACAAGCCGUGUCAUCACCUGGCUGAGCACUGCGGUAGAAAUACACACUUGUCUUCUGAAUACGGUGAUUCUUGUGUGCAUCCUUCAAGUGUCCUUUGUGAAAUUCUGUUUUUCUUUAUGUUGCUGCAGCUCAGAGUUCACAAUGAAGAGGGCCAUCCUUCAGCACACGAGGGAACUCCACAUGUGCCCUGUCUGCUCACAGUUUUGCUCACUUCAACACCUGAGGAAUUAUUGCCAGAGCUGGCCAAACAU